UUUCUUUGCUCUUUACAACAAGACUCGCAUUCCCUCUCCGUUUGUACACAGCAAAGCUAGAAUUUUUAUUCAAGUAGCUGCGCAAAGGAGUUCAGUACUGCGACCAUGGAUUCAUCAAAAGUAAAUCAACUGAAGCAAUUUAUCGAACAGUGCAAGGCAAAUCCGUCCAUUCUCUCCGAUCCUUCUCUCUCUUUUUUCCGGGAAUACGUUGAGAGUCUCGGAGGCGAGAUUCCGUCGUCUGCAAGGGCUUCUGAAGCGAAGUCUCAUGUGGCACAUGAUAGUGAUGACGAUAUGGACAACACUGAGUAUGAGACACAGCCACCUCAGGAAGAAGAGGAGCCUGAGAUAGUUGAAUCUGAUAUUGACCUCGAUGAUUCUGAUGUUGUGGAGCCUGACAAUGAUCCUCCACAGAAGAUGGGUGACGCUACUGUUGAGGUUACUGAGGAAAACAGAGAUGCUUCUCAGGAGGCUAAAAUGCAGGCAAUGGAAGCAAUUUCUGAAGGCAAACAUGAUGAAGCUAUCGAGAGUCUCACCAAGGCUAUCAUGCUGAACCCUACUUCUGCAAUUAUGUAUGCAACCCGAGCUAGUGUCUAUAUUAAAAUGAAAAAACCAAAUGCUGCUAUUCGGGAUGCUACUGCGGCAUUAGAGAUCAAUCCAGACUCUGCCAAAGGGUACAAGUCACGUGGUAUAGCACAGGCCAUGCUUGGGAAAUGGGAAGAAGCAGCCAAGGAUCUUCACCUGGCCUCAAAACUUGACUAUGAUGAGGAAAUCAGUGCUGUGCUAAAGAAGGUUGAGCCAAAUGCUCAUAAGAUUGAGGAACAUCGUAGAAAAUAUGAUAGGCUUCGAAAAGAGAGAGAAGAUAGGAAGAAUGAACGCGAGAGACAACGGCGCCGAGCUGAAGCAAAGGCUGCAUAUGAAAAGGCUAAGAGACAAGAGGAAUCAUCAUCAAGUAGAGGAGCUGGGGGCAUGCCCGGUGGAUUUCCUGGUGGAAUGCCAGGAGGUUUUCCUGGGGGCAUGCCGGGAGGCUUUCCUGGAGGUAUGCCUGGUGGAUUUCCUGGCGGUAUGCCCGGAAUGGGGGGAGGUAUGCCGGGUAUGGGGGGAGGUAUGCCCGGAAUGGGGGGAGGUAUGCCCGGUAUGGGGGGAGGUAUGCCUGGAAUGGGGGGAGGUAUGCCCGGGAAUGUUGACUACAGCAAGAUACUGAAUGAUCCUGAAUUGAUGUCAGCAUUCAAAGAUCCUGAAGUCAUGGCUGCACUCCAAGAUGUUAUGAAGAACCCUGCUAACCUGGCCAAGCAUCAAUCGAACCCAAAGGUAGCUCCAAUAAUAGCAAAAAUGAUGGGUAAAUUUGCUGGUUCACAGUGAGUAGUGAUUGCUGGCUCUCAUUUUGGCAUUACUGGAGGUUUCUAUUGUUUUGAAGGGCGUCUACAUGUUUUCGGAACAUGCUUUAAAAACUCCGUUUUAGACAGGAAAUGUUUCUUUACAAUCUGAGUUCACAUAUGAUAUGAUGCAAUUUACCUCAGAAUAUGGCAACUUGUGAAGAUCAUGGAUUUGUUGCGUAUGUAUCUUAUAAGUAAUCAUUUGGGGAUGCUAA